AUGGUGACGACUGAAGCACGCAGGCAAGCCGAGAAGGGAACAGCAGAAGAGCGUUUGCAUUCAACACAAGGGGGGGAAGCAGCGCAAUCUUCCUUGACUCGGGCUCGCACGACGAAUCCACGCCCUAGCGGCGACAAUUUGGCUGACGCAGCUUUUGAAAGUCGGCGAGCCUCAAAGCGUGCCUCUGAUUUCACAAGCAGCGCGGGUGAACCCAGGGGUGAUGCAGGCUCCCCAGCGGAACUUUGGUAUGACGACGUGGUAACACAGGCAACGACCAGAGACGCCUGUGAACGCGUAAACUUGCGUUUUCCAGCACGGCGGCUCACAGAGGCCAACAUGCCCCACUCCAAAACCAAUGAUGAAGCACAGGCAUUGGAACAGGAAAGCAAGAUGAGGUACCAGCCGGUUGAAACGGAUGAGCUUGAAAUUGUGCGCUUUCCCAGGGUAAUGAGGUCAUCCUUGCAUGGCUCUCUCGCAAGUCACAGCAAUAGCGCUUCUAACAGGAACGGUGAUAACCAUGGCAAUAGCAGUUCUUCUCAGUCUUCUGGGAGCCGCGGUUAUGAAGCAGGUUACGCUGUUGAAAAUCCCGCUUCUCCCACUCUGACCAAGAAGGGUCGGGCACUGCUUGGGAUCCUUGGGGACACUGUACUACAGGACGACGCUGUUCUGCAAGAACACGUGCGUGUCGCGAGUGCUGGACCAAUUCGAAGGUCCUUGAGAUCCGCAGGGAGUGGCGUGCCGGCGCCCCCACUCGGCGCCAGAAAGUCCAAACGAGGGAAGAAGGGGAUAGUGGGGGAAGAAGCAGCGGGGGAAAAAGUAAAGGGAGAGGAAGAAAAGGGUGAGGAAAAAGAAGCAGUUGAGGUGGAGGAGGAGGAAGAAGAAGAAGACGACGACGAAGAAGAGACGGAGGACAUUGUUGCCCUCCUUCGGUGGCUUGCUGACCUGCGUGAAAAGAGGCUCCUCACCCAAGACCGUUUUCGUAGAGCUGUCGAGUGCAUCCGGGUGAACACCAAGGUUCCAUUCUUCCUGUGUGAGGGAAGCAGAGCGGGGGAGGCCCCAACUUUGAUGGUGCGUUUGCCACAAACCGCCGAUGAGGCCGUCACCGUCCCCCUGCUUGGAGCCCCGUUGAACAUGGGAGAAGUGAGGCAACGCGGCGAGGAGGAAGGCGGCUGCGGCCUCCACCCCCAACGAGAAGGCUUGAACGUUGUGAGAGGUGUCGCCAAAACUGGUGCAGAGUCUAGUCGGCAGAAGUUGCCGUGGGUGCAGAAGACGUCCAGUGGUGAAGCGGGGGAGGCAGAUGCGAUGCGGCGGUACGCAGGUCCGGUUCGAACCCUGCAUAAUGGCGUGCCACUGCUCCCCGUUAUACAGGACAAACUUCAACGCGGCCACUUCCAGGAGAACAUUGAGGCAUCGCUGUCAGUGGGAACCGCAAACAAAUAUAUGUCGUGCCCUCAGUCACCGCUCGAGGGGCGUGGCGUUCUCAGGGUGUCCAGUGGUCAACCUUUAGCGGGCGUGUCUGAUUCAAUUACGGGGCCACUGCCCGGGAGUAACGCGCAACAGGCCUCCUCCCUCCAUGAGUCCGUCCGAAGGGCUCGUCAAAGUCUUCUGACAGCCUUCGACCCCGCAAUGCCGAAAGAAACUUCACCCUACAACAAGACGCCAAGGACGGCUGCAUUCAUAGCUGUUGGCACAAAGAAUUUCAUGGCGUAA